AUGGAAUCGGUAAAUUCAUUGGAGGGGCUUAGGUCCUACACUUAUGCUCUGUCAAAGCUUUCUCUCGACUUGGAGAAUAGAGUCACUCCACCCGCAAAGCCUUCUAUUAUUGAACCUCCAGAACUAGAGCUCAAACCACUUCCACCACACUUGAGCAUCGUGUUGGGACAUAAAAUUUCAAAGCGUGGCAUAGAGGUUGACCGAGCAAAGAUCAAGAUUAUUUCUAAGCUUCCUUCACCUACUUUCGUUAAAGGUGUUCGAAGUUUCUUGGGGCAUGUCGGGCUCGAUAGGCGCUUCAUCAAGGACUUCUCCAAGAUUGCAAAUCCUAUGUGCAAACUCCUUGAGAAAUUUGCCAAAUUUGAGUUUGACGAGAAAUGCCUCAAAGCCUUUGAUAAAUUGAAACAAAGGCUCACCACGGCACCUAUUAUUGUCACACCCGAUUGGUCUCUUCCUUUCGAACUCAUGAGUGACGCCAGUGAAUUUGACUUCGAAGUCAAGGAUCGUAAGGGAACUCAAAAUCAAGUGGCGGAUCAUUUAUCAAGGCUUGAGGAGGCAGGGAGACCAAAGGUAGAUCUUGAGAUCAAUGAUGCAUUCCCAGAUGAACACAUAUUGGCACUACCAAGCACUUUUGCUCCUUGGUAUGCCGAUAUUGCUAACUAUUUAGUUAGUGGCCUUAUCCUGGACGGAUUGGAAUCCUAUCAAAAGAAGAAGUUUUUGAGAGACUGCUGGCAAUACUAUUGGGAGGAUCCAUUCUUGUCUGUGUUUGUGCUGACAAUAUUUAUCAAAAGGUGUGUUCCGGAAGAAGAGAUUAUGCCUAUUCUAAAGGCAUGCCACGACUCACCGGUUGGGGUUCAUCAUGGAGGAAAUCGAACGGCGGCUAAGGUUCUUGAAUGUGGUUACUAUCGGACUUCAAUCUAUCAUGAUUCCAAUCAAAUGGUCAAGGUUUGUGACCAAUGCCAAAGACAAGGUUCAAUCUCCAAGAGGCAUGAAAUGCCAAUGCACUUUGUGAUGGAGACAGAAAUCUUCAACGUAUGGGGAAUUGAUUUCAUGGGCCCCUUUGCUUUCACGGGGCUACUUGAGAAAUAUGGAAUCAAGCACAAGGUCGCCACACCUUAUCAUCCGCAAUCAAGUGGUCAAGUUGAGGUUUCUAACCGGGAGAUCAAAAGCAUUCUAGCAAAGAAUGUCAAUGCAAACAGGACCGACUGGUCAAGGAAACUAGAUGACACAUUGUGGGCAUACCGAACGACGUACAAGACUCCUAUUGGUACUUCUCCUUAUCGGUUAGUCUUCGGAAAAUCUUGUCAUCUACCCGGGGAACUGGAGCACAAGGCCAUGUGGGCGUUAAAGAGGUUGAACUUGGACUGGGCUGAGGCUUCAAAUUUGAGGUUAACACAACUAAAGGAAAUGGAGGAAUCCGUUUCCAUGCUUAUGAAAGCGCAUCCGUGUACAAAGAAAGGAUGA